GCACUGUAAUAGAUGACCCUUUCUCUCCAGCUAUAAUCUCCUUGUUAGUGUAAAGGCAAGAGACCUGAUCAAUCAAUCAUGGGAAAAGGCUACUACAUUAGCAAACAACUGGCUGUAAUAGCUGGUCUGCUUAACGCUGUAGCUAUAAUCACAAUAAUCGCACUAUCUAUAGUUUACUCCAAAGAAAAGGCGAAAAAUGAACUCAAACUCAACAAUGGGACAGCACCACCUGGACCACCCCCCCCAACUUUACCACCAUCCAAUGAGCCAUGGGACAAAUACAGGCUCCCUGACAGUUUAUCUCCUCAAUAUUACAAUGUCACGCUGUGGCCGCAACUCACCAUGGACAACCAGGGCAUGUACGUUUUUACUGGUGACUCUGUAGUGGCUUUUACUUGCAACAGAGAGACAGAUUUGAUCCUGAUUCAUUGCCGCAAGUUGAACUUGACUCUUUUCGAGGGGCGACAUGCCAGGUUGACGGGUAUGAAUAAUACAAAGGCUCCAGCCAUUAGAAAAUCCUGGUUCCAAGAGGAAACCCAGUAUUUAGUGAUCCAGCUGGAGGGGACACUCAAGCCGGGAAUGAGCUAUUGGCUUCAUACAAAGUUCAAAGGAGAGCUUGCAGAUGAUCUGGAGGGCUUCUACAGGAGUGAGUAUGAAGAAGACGGUGUCAAAAAGGUGCUUGCCAUCACUCAAAUGCAGGCCACAUCUGCUAGAAAAGCUUUUCCUUGCUUCGAUGAGCCAGCCCUAAAGGCCGUAUUUCACAUCACUCUCCUACAUAAGCCAGGAACUGUUGCACUAUCAAACAGCCGAGAUAUGGGUUCAGAAAGCCUUCAUAUAAACGGGCAUGAUGUUAUCAGGACUCGAUUUGAACCCACAAAAAGGAUGUCUACAUACCUUGUCGCUUUCAUUGUCUGUGAAUUUACAUUCACCAGCAAGCAAAAAGAUAACAAGGAUGUAAUGGUUCGUAUAUGGGCAAGGAAAAAUGCAAUUGAACAAGGUCAAGGAGACUACGCCCUUAACAUCACACAGCCAAUACUAGAGUUUUUUGUGAAGUACUACAAUGUUUCAUAUCCUCUCUCCAAGUCAGACCAGAUUGCACUGCCUGACUUCAAUGCUGGAGCCAUGGAGAACUGGGGACUCAUCACUUACAGAGAAACAGCACUUCUUUAUGAUCCCAAAAUCUCAGCCGCAGGGAACAAACAGAGGGUUGCAACUGUGGUGGCUCAUGAGCUUGCUCAUAUGUGGUUUGGAAAUCUUGUGACUCUAAAAUGGUGGAAUGAUCUGUGGCUGAAUGAAGGCUUUGCGUCAUACGUGGAGUACCUUGGUGCAGACUAUGCAGAGCCAACUUGGAACAUGAAAGACCAAAUCAUACUGUAUGAUAUUUAUCGUGCAUUUGCUGCCGACAGCCUGGUGUCCUCCCACCCUCUGUCCUGCAAAGAGGAGGAGGUCAAUACACCAUCAGAAAUCACCCAAAUGUUCAACAGUAUCUCUUACAGCAAGGGGGCUGCUGUGCUCAGGAUGCUCUCUCAGUUCCUCACUGAGCCUGUGUUUGCCAAAGGACUUAGUACAUAUCUAAAUCAGUUUGCUUUCGCAAGCUCUACAUAUUCUGACCUCUGGGAUCAUCUUCAGAAGGCAGUUGAUAAAACUCCGCAUCUGAAAUUGCCACACAGCGUCCAUGACAUAAUGAACCGUUGGAUUCUUCAGAUGGGUUUCCCAGUCGUCACUAUUGACACCCAAACUGGGAAUGUGAGCCAGAAGCACUUUCUGAUCGAGCCAAACUCAGUGGUAGAGCGACAAUCAGAAUUCAAUUAUGAGUGGUUUGUUCCAAUCAAAUGGAUGAAGAGUGGUGUAGAACAAGAGCAAUUCUGGCUUCUUCAAAAAUCAGCUAUGCGUAAACCUCUGAAAGCUGGUAAAGGCGAAUGGGUUUUGGCGAAUCUAAACGUUUCAGGGUACUACAGAGUCAAUUAUGAUAUUGGGAACUGGGAACGACUCCUUCAUCAGCUGAUGGCUGACCACCAGAAAAUACCAGAAAUUAACAGAGCACAGAUUGUGAGUGAUGCCUUCACUCUAGCUAGGGCCUCUAUCUUAAACAUAACUCUUGCUCUAAGAACGACUAAAUAUCUAUCGAUGGAGAGAAAGUACAUUCCGUGGGAAGCAACUAUCAGAAGCAUCGGCCCAAUAUUUGACGUGUUUGAUCGCAGUGAGGUUUAUGGACCCAUGCAGGCUUACUUUCGGAAACUAUUUAAACCUCUGUUUGAUCAUUUCACUUCCGUAACUGCGAACUGGACCACAGUGCCUGCAAACCACACUGAUCAAUUCACACAGAUCAUCGCGUUGUCGUGGUCGUGCAGUGUAGGAGUACAGGGAUGUCGUGAUCUCACUAGGCGCUGGUUUAAACAGUGGAUGCAGGAUCCUGAACACAACAGGAUUCACCCGAACCUGAGGUCGACGGUGUACUGCAAUGCCAUCGCUGCAGGAGGAGUGGAGGAAUGGGACUUUUGCUGGACGAUGUAUAAGAAAGCCACAGUAGCAGCUGAGGCGGUCAAACUGAGGUCGGCUUUAUCGUGCGCCAAACAGCCAUGGCUGCUUAACAGGUUUCUCGGCUACACUCUGGAUCCGGAAAAGAUUCGUAAACAGGAUGCAUCCGGUACCAUUGGAUCAAUUUCCAGCAAUGUGCUCGGCCAGCCUCUGGCAUGGGACUUUGUCAGGGCAAAUUGGGAGUACCUUUUUAAAGUGUAUGGAACUGGAUCAUUUGGUUUUGCCAAGUUAAUAAGUGACGUCACUGGAAAGUUCUGCACACCGUUCGAGCUACAACAGUUAAAACAGUUCCAAAAGGACAACGCAGAGGUGGGGUUUGGCUCAGCCUCACACGCUCUACAGCAGGCCAUUGAGAGGACAACGGCCAAAAUCAAAUGGCUGGCGGAGAACAAGGACCGAGUCCUGAAAUGGUUUAUCACUGAGACAGCGUGAACUGUGCAACACGAAAAAACACACUGACAGCCUUAAAAUCUCCGAUCACAACAGUUACAAGAGUGGAAUCCAUGGACAAUUGUAUAGGCAUGAACAUUUAGACAUAUUCGCAGCAAUUCAUAACACAUUUGAAUUGUAUUUUCAUUAGUAAAGGUGACUGGUAUAAGUGGGCUAGCAGGGCUAAGCCUCAUUCUUAAAGGAAAAAAAAAGACAUCAAUAUCAAUAAUAUAUAUUUUUUUAUCCAGGUCAGAUGUUGUUUUAGAAGAGCAUUACAGACAAAAUGAUUAAACCCCCACCAAGAUUAAAAUCAUGCAUGCAGAAGCCUGUCUGCCUUAAAGUGUGUGUGUGUGUGUGUGUGUGUGUGUGUGUGUAUGAGUGUGUGUGUGCGUAUAAGUGUGUGUGUGCUUGUUAUUAUGCCAGAGAUUAGACCAUGUGAUAUAAUUCAUUGCGCAACCCUAAAAAUGUAAUCGGCAAGUUAUCACUAGAUUCAACCAUCCUGCAAUGGACUUUUUCCAUAACUUCUAUCACAACUUCUUCACACACACUGAAUUUUACAUAAAACAAUCCUGUGUAUUUUUACACUGCAAAAAAAGGUUGUAAAACUGUGGUUAUUUUUAAAUAAACAUAUUCAGUAAGA